AAUUUAUCCGCCGUUAAUUAACUCCAAAACCACUGAAUUUUUUUCUUACCUUAGAAGAAGGGUUACCGCAUGAUGUUCACAGAUGUACUGGCAGUGGCGACGACUGCAUUAUGUAGUCUGUUGACUACUGACAACUGUCAUGACUGUGCAAAAGACUGGAGUGGAAAUCUGUCUCUCACUCAUUGCAGUGACUAUGUCAGGGGCAGAUACUAGAUAGCAGAUAGAGGAAAAGACAAUUCAGCAGUGAUGGUCAGAUUAUCCAGACUGUUAAAAUGUCGUCUGUUGCUUCUGAUCCCGCUCAUCUUUGGGAUUUACUUGUUGUAUAUCAGCCAGACGAUCAACAACAAAAAAUGCACCCAGCAAGACUCCAUUGAUAUGGUUCAGGAUGUGUGUGAUUUGUACGAGAGCAACAAGAUUGACGGAAAUCUCUGCAACGACCUGUGCAACUCGAACAAGUUCCAGUACGAGACUUGCUUCAAUCGAUUCGGGGGCAAAAAGGUCAUCCAGGCUCAAUUAGGCAAUCGUCGAGUCGUCCUUAAAUCCCGCCAUGCCAAGAUUACCGAUUACGACCCAAUCUACAAGGGAGCAUUAGACGAUGACAGCGGAUCGUUGGAUCAGCGCUUCAUGUCUCAAGAGUCGUUUCGGUUGUUCGUGUUCAACCACGUUCAGUCUGUUUUUGGGAUCAAACUAGACCUGACCAACGAUCAGGUGCUAGACAGGUUGCUGUCUCAGUCCAAACGCUCCUCCAGAAUUCUCGACAAGUCGCAGAUGAACAGUCUCUGGACCCUUCUCCAGCAGGACGAGUAUACGUUCUUCAUGUUUUUUCAAGGUACGUCAUACUUCCCGAAGAUCUACGGAGCAUGCGGGCACUUCUACGUGGAGGAGUACGUGCCACCGGGUGUUAUUUAUCGUUCCGAUGCGCAGAGUUUGUCCCAGCGAAUCGAGUCGGCCAGCUGGGAACGACGCGUCAAAGUUGCCAAAGAUUUACUCGACAUUGUCAAAGGUACUGAGUCCGAUUUCAGAGAAACACUACAUUUAUGCGACGUCAAACCAGAAAACUUUGGUAUUGUAGACUUUCAAGUGAAAGCAGUGGACAUUGAUAUUAGCUUCUUCGACACCGUCAUGGGGAAUUUCCUGGAGCAGCCCAAGUGUUCGGAACACAAAGACUGUGACUUUUUUGACUGUCAUGGCGUCUGUGAUGUUGCGACCGAGAAAUGCACAAGACAGAGGAAAAACAAUAACUUUCAGGCGAUCUGCGCAGACGUGUUCCAACAGACGUUGGGCAAUCCCGGACUGCUUCGCCACCCACCAGCACGGAUAGAAGAGGAGCUAAAGACCCUUCUCAAUCGGUGCAUCUUUCCCACCGAAGCAGAGCAAGUCGCUAAGGGCUCCUCCACUGAAACCUUCAGAAGUUUCUACAAUCUCCUGACAGAGAGUUUGAUACUUGGUGACAGGUAACUCAGCGGUAAGUUGCAAAGUUUUCAUCGUUUCGACAGCAUCUGCAAGUUCUCCAAGACAUUCUUGUCCCAGUGUUCCUGGUCUGAUCAGCAGCAAAUUGCGCCACAGCACCUUCAGACCUUGUAAACCAUAACAUG